AUGAGCUUGUUACAAAAGACUGCUAUUAUUACUGGAGCAACGCGUGGUAUUGGUUUUGGGAUUGCAAAUGCAAUGGCCAAACAGGGUGCUCAGACGAUUCUGAUCGGUCAAGAUCCUGAACGUGUCAAGGCAGUGGAAUCGUAUUUCCAAAAAAUAUAUGGCGACCAUCACCAAGGCGUUGUGUUGGAUGUUUCUGACAUCGAGGCACCUUCCUUUUUGUGUAUUCUAAAAAGGAGUUUUAUGAAUAUUAAAAUAUAUAAUAAAGGCAUUGCACGAGAUGGACUUUUGAUUCAGCUCAAAAGAGAAGAUCUAGAGGAUACGAUCAAUACCAAUUUAUUGGGUACUAUUCAUAUGUGUCGUCUUGUUGCAAAGUCAAUGAUACGCAAGCGACAAGGUGGCUGCAUUAUCAAUCUGUCAAGUGUGGUUGGCAUCGAUGGCAAUGUAGGACAGAGUUCCUAUAGUGCGUCCAAGGCUGGAAUUAUCGGAUUCACUCGUUCGCUUGCAAAGGAACUUGGACCUCUUCGCAUUCGAGUAAAUGCAAUUGCACCUGGAUUCAUUGAAACUGACAUGACAGCAGAUCUUUUAGCGGCUACAGAAAAGAAACAGGCUCUAUUGGAUUCUAUUCCUUUACGUAAAUUGGGUACUGUAGAGGAUGUUGCCGAGGCUGCAAUGUUUCUAGCCAAAUCAAACUAUGUUCAUGGACAGGCAAGUGCUUUUGCUUUGAUUUAUUUCUUUCGAAUGUCUUGGCUUUGCUUAGCAACUGAAUACAAAUAUAUCCAUACUUUAUAUAAUAUAUGUAUAUAA